AGGUGGUCGGCGAUGUUGCCCUAGGCGGCGAUGUAUCUGGGCUUCUUGGUUCCCCCCAAAAUUCCCUUCUUUUCCUUUCCUUUCCUCGCUUCUUCAUCCGUCUCUUCCCCAUUUCCUUUAUUCUUCUCUCUUUCUUUUCCUUAUUUAAGCGGGUAAAAACACGUGAGGAACUCGCAAGUCGUCGUGCGUUUAUAUAAAGGACGAGAAGGAACAGGAAGAAACCCAACGUCACUGGAACUUUCUCAUACGGACAAGCGCACGCUCUUCUCGCAUUUUCGCCGUCUCCUCCGGAAAAGAGCUUCCCUUCACUACGAGCGAGAAAGGGUCUCUGAGAGUUGGGUUCCGGGACACAGAGAACCGCCAGAGGAGGAGGAGGAGGCCCGUCAUGGCGGUGGAGACCGACGCCUCCCCUCCGCCGGAGUUGGCGCUCGCCGACACCGACAUCAACUGGGACAGGUUGGACAAGAUGAGAUUUCAUAUAAUUGGGGCUGUACUCUUCACUGCUCAAUCUGCAUUACUACAUCCUGCAUCAGUUGUGAAGACCAGAAUGCAAGUAGCUGGCUCUGGAAUGUCUCAAAUGCGUGGGAUGGAUGUGUUCAAACAUAUCUUCAGAAACGAUGGUAUUCCAGGUGUAUUUAGAGGUUUUGGGACAUCUGCCAUCGGAUCAUUGCCUGGUAGAGUUCUGGCUUUGACGUCACUAGAAGUAUCAAAAGAUAUGACGCUGAAAUAUAUGGAAUGUUGUGAUAUGCCCGAAGCCACUCGUGUCGGCGUUGCAAAUGGUGUGGCAGGCAUGUUGUCAAAUUUAGUUUCAUGUGUCUACUAUGUGCCUUUAGAUGUGAUCUGUCAGAGGCUAAUGGUGCAAGGACUUCCUGGAACUGCAUCAUGCAAUGGACCGUUUGAUGUAGUUCAUAAAGUCAUGAAAGUCGAAGGAGUACGUGGACUUUAUAGAGGCUUUGGAUUAACUGCUCUUACCCAGUCUCCAGCAUCUGCACUGUGGUGGGGCGCCUACGGAGCAGCCCAGCACGUUAUCUGGAGGAGCCUGGGAUACAAAGAUGAAAUGGAGAAGCCAUCUCAUGCCGAGAUGGUGACAGUACAAGCUACUGCGGGAUUGCUUGCUGGCGCUUGCUCAUCGAUAAUUACCACUCCUCUAGAUACUGUAAAAACACGACUUCAGGUCAUGGACAAUUUUAGUGGGGGAAGACCGUCCGUGCUUAACACUGCAAAGACACUAGUUGAAGAAGACGGGUGGUGGGGGUUUUAUAGGGGGUUCGGACCACGGUUUCUGAGCAUGUCGCUGUAUGGAACGACCAUGAUCGUGACUUAUGAACUGAUAAAAAGAUUAUCGUUGAAACAAGACUAGCUUUCCGGAACUCAGAGUUGGAAGCUGUCUCGCCGAGAUGUUCAAGCUGAUGAUUCUUUGAAUCUUUGCUGCUGCAUUUUUUUUUUUUUUGGGUUGAAAGGUACAGUACCUUUCUCAGAUUUUGCAUACAUCUUAGAUUUAUAUAGUACCAUGUCGUCAUGCUUCAAUGUCGUAGGAUUCGCAAAUGUAAAACAAUUCUAGGAUUUCAAGAGAGGGAAUCAAUAAGACUAUAUCUUCACUCAA